AUGGGACGAAAAAGAGCCAUGAAGAUCAUUGCUCCCGAUAGACCAUUGAGAGCAGGACAUGGUGAUAUCUUGGAAGUUCAUUUGCGUAUACCAAAUGCUGUAGAGGUUCAGGGUAUUGCAGCUCAUUUCGAGGGAAGGUGUCGCUCAGCCUUCAGUGGACAGGAUUCAGUCAAUACUUUAUGUUGUGAACGAUUAAUAUUCCCCAUCGAACCAGUGUUGCUGCCAUCCACCAAUGGAAAAGCAAAUGUAUUACCGGCUGGAUCAUUUCGAUUGCCAUUACCCAUACGUGUUCCAUCUCAUAUACCAGGCACAUUCACAGCAAAGCAUGGAGCGAUAGCUUAUCGAGUUACACUGAAGAUGAAAUUGCGACGGGUCAACUCACAGGACGAUGCCGUCUUAGAAGCUGAAAAAGAUGUUGAUGUGAUUGGAAACGUAGAUGGGGAUUCUUCAGUCUCACUUGAGAAUAGUAUAGAAAGACAUUUGAAGAAGACCUUGCUUGGAUUCAAUCGAUUAGAUGCCAAAAUACAAUUUGAAGUGGAGAAGAAUAACUUCCUAAUUGGUGAACACAUACUUGUCACGGGAAAAGUUCACAAUCUGCAUCCUUCCAACAUCAUCAAACAUGUCUUCAUAGAGCUUCGACAGAAGGUUCUCUAUAGUUCAGGAGAAUCAAAGAAAACUGAUCAACGUCUCAUAACUAAACUAAUAUGUGGAUCAGUAGCUCCAGAAGAAGAAUUUGCUUUACACCAUUCCAUCCAAAUCCCAAUGGACUGUUAUCCUACCCUUGACUUACUCGAUAAUCCCAUACAAGUAACUUAUUCAAUCAUUGUUUCCUCGUCCGGCCAUUUCGAAUUAGAAUUACCUGUUGCGAUAGGUAAUUACAUGGGCGCGAAAAACAGGAAAAGCAUAGAGUAUCAUGACGAUAAAUCGAAUGCAUACUAUUGUGUUCCACCAAGUGAUUGUAGUGCCAGUGUUAAGGAAGGUCCUCCACCAUAUUCUUCACCAUCUCAGGGUCGACCAUUUUUCAUUCCAAUCCGUAUGCUACACACUCCUCAUCGUCCAUUUAUGCCACCGUUCGGGUACCGAUCGCCUCAAGACUUCCCCCCUCAGUAUCAUUAUGAUACAGGUCCAGGCGUGCUCAAGAUUGAAGAGAUUUUUGAUUAA